CCGCCGUUACAGAACUCACCGAUACCCCAAUCCCCCGCUCUCUGCUUUGUUCUUCUCUUCUCACUCCCUCCGCUAGUAGUGGAGACUGAGGACCGAUUCAUGGCCAUUUGGAGAGAAUUCUGUGGAGAUUUCUCUCUCUGAUAACGGAUCUUUAUGAUUACUUUUCGUUCUUCUGUCUCUCUGUGCGCCAUUGCUUCCAUACUCGCAAUCUCGGUAUCUCGGUGAGACGCGAGAUCUCGAUCUCCUGUGCUAAGAUCUGGUGAUCUGAUCCAAGCCCGUGAGAGGAUCCGGCGAGAAGAAACACCUUGGGUCACCAGAAGGAUCAGGUGUCUCUUUUCUUUGAGUCACUUGAAGUGAAACGUAAUGGGCUCGAGGUUCCCUUCACAUCAGCUCAGCAAUGGCCUGUAUGUUUCGGGUCGGCCAGAGCAGCCAAAGGAGAAGGCUCCAACCAUGUUUUCCGUAGCCAUGCCAUACACAGGUGGAGAUAUCAAGAAAUCUGGAGAACUUGGAAAGAUGUUUGACAUACCUUUUGAUAAUUCAAGAUCUAGGAAAUCUGGACCUGUCACUAAUGCUCCCUCAAGGACUGGUUCAUUUGGAGUUUCAGGUUCUACUGCAUCAUUAAUUACUGGAGGUUCAGUUAGGCAGAAAUCACACUCUGGACCUCUCAACAAGCAGGGAGAGUCGGCGAAGAAGUUCUCUGGACCUCAAACUGGAGGAAUUGCACCUCCAUCUCGCCAAAAUUCUGGCCCCCUACCCCCAGUGCUCCCAACAACCGGCCUCAUCACAUCUGGGCCUAUUUCGUCAGGGCCACUGAAUGCUUCUGGUGCUCCUAGGAAAGUAUCAGGUCCUUUGGAAGCCACUGUAGCUGCUAAGCUGCAGAGAACAUCCAUUGCAAAUAACCAAGCUGUAACAAAGCUCAUUCAAGAGGACAACUAUCCAUUCAAGAAAGGCUUCCCCAAGGCAGUAUUGUCGGCAGUGAUCCUUCUAUUUGUGAUGGGGUUCAUUGCUGGGGGGUUUAUUCUCGGAGCUGUACACAAUGCCAUUGUUCUAGUUGUUGUUGUGGUUAUCUUCACUGUCAUGGCUGCACUUUUCAUCUGGAAUCGAUAUUGGGGAAGGAGAGCCAUUGUAGGGUUCCUUGCUCAAUAUCCUGAUGCAGAGCUUAGAACAGCAAAAGAUGGUCAGUUUGUCAAGGUUUCUGGGGUUGUAACUUGUGGGAAUGUCCCUCUUGAGUCAUCAUUUCAGAAGGUUCCUCGAUGCAUAUACACAUCUACAAGCCUAUAUGAAUAUAGAGGUUGGGAUUCAAAGGCAGCCAAUUCUCAGCAUCGCCGUUUUACAUGGGGUUUAAGAUCUGUAGAGAGGCAUGUUGUAGAUUUCUACAUCUCUGAUUUCCAGUCGGGGUUAAGAGCAUUGGUUAAAGCAGGUUAUGGUGGAACUGUGACACCAUAUGUUGAUGAGUCGGUGGUAGUCGAAGUGGACACUGGCAACAAGGAAAUAUCAGCUGAAUUUCUUAGGUGGCUGAGGGAGAGAAACCUUUCAAGUGAUGGCCGUGUGAUGCGCCUUAAAGAAGGGUACAUUAAGGAAGGGAGUACUGUAAGUGUGAUGGGAGUUGUUCGCAGAAAUGAAAAUGUUUUAAUGAUUGUUCCUCCAUCAGAGCCACUCUCCACAGGUUGCCAGUGGAAGAGAUGCAUACAGCCGGCCAGAAUUGAAGGUAUCGUUCUGAGAUGUGAAGACAGUUCAAACAUAAAUGUUGUUCCAGUUUAGAACGGUUUGAACCGCUUUGUAAUAAUCACUUUUGCUGUUUUCGUUUCAUCAAUUCCAGGAGUUUUUGGUGCU